AACCUAUCGCCAGUAGUAUUAAUAUAAUUUGUAAUUUUAAUGUUAGAAAAUGCUAGUUUUAAUCACAUAUAAUAACGAAAUUGUACCAAUUAGAUAGUGUUCUCCCUAAAAAGCAGUGGAAUUGGAUUAUUCUAUGACAAUAAAAUACUAAACUAAAUCGAAAAUGACUUCGAAAACAAACAAAGUAUCUCCUUCGUCGAGCAAAAUGUCCACCAGCCCAUUUCCUUACACCUGUGAGCUCUGUGGAGCUGAAGGCCUCACAGAUGAAGGUAUGAGGUCUCAUACCUUGGAGGCCCAUGUCAACGGGAGGCCGGAAUGCCCGUUUUGUGACUGUGCGGUGCCUCAGCCACAGUUAGUCGGUCAUGUUCAGAAGGCCCAUCUGCAUUAUUUGACCCCUGAAAGGGAGUUGAUGGCGUUUAUUGAUGACCAGAGCCCGAGUUUUGACGAAGACUCGAAAAUGACGACUACAGAUAGCUGUAGCUACAAUACGCCAGGGUCUAUAAAUGGAUGGCACAGUCCUGAUAACUCCACACAGUACCACAAUGGGGCUAUUUCAAAAAAUCUCAAUUAUUAUAACGGAUACCAAGAAAAGGAGAGUUACAGUAGAAGUGAGAAGGAAGAAGAGAAAUGUUCACGUUCACCAAAAAAUAUAAAUCUUGUCAAUGGACUGAAAAAUAUCAAUAUUAGUAAUGGUGUGGUUCCUAAAAAGGCUCAAAGCAGACAAAAUUCUCAUGAAAAUGAGGUCAAUGGGAUUGAUAGAAAAGGUGCGAUUUCUAGUCCAAGUCAUAAUAGUUCUGGUAGUUAUGAGGGGUCGCCUAAUAAAAAUAAGUUGUCCAUGGCUAGUGCCGGACAAGGAUCACCUCUUAGGUCUCAAUUAGCGUUAAAAUUAAAACCAAAUACACCGAAAAAAAGUGCUCCUACUCCAAGUCCUUCCGUGCAGUGUCUAUUAUGUGAUUUUACGUCAACAUGUCCGAGAAAAUUGGAGGAACAUAUAAACCGUGCUCAUUUCGAUCUCACAUCUCCGUCUAUAAAUGCGAAUGCUAACUCGGACAACCCGACUUUGGGGUUGAGCAACCCCACACUGACGCUGGACAACCCGACGCUAGCGUUGAGUACGAUGGCCAUGUCUCCUGGACCACAUAGUUCAUCGUACCAGUGUCCAAUUUGUGAGCGGGAGUUUUCGCACGCCAACGAAAUCGAAGUUCAUGUCAAUGUUGAACAUCGAGAUAUUUUAAGUCCUCAGAAGUCAGAUCAAGUAGACAAUGCAUCAUGCAACGAGGAUGUGGUGAUGAUGGAAGAGAGUCCUGUGAGCAACUGUCCAGUGUGCUGUCAACCUCUGCCUCUGUCACAGCAUGAACUGAUUCAACAUAUUGAGGAACACUUUGAAAGAGGAGAGGAGUGUGGAGCACCAUCAGGUCUUUCGGCAGCCGAGAGGGAAGCUCAGAGAAACAGAGAGGAACAUGAGUUCCAAUUACUAAGGGCACAAUACGGUAUGGAAGAGGAUGACGAUGAAGGCUACACUCACAGAGCUACCAAUAGCCUCAAGCGCGCCGUGUACAGCGGAGCCCUAUCUGUCGCAGGGUACUAUGAACGCAGUCUAGGCCUCCGUAGGGCUGCGGCCUCGGGUACUGAUACUGGGUCUUCGAGGACUACAGGCCUCUUAGAGCGGAUAAGUCAGCUAAACGCUCAGAACCAAAGUAUAGUUAAGACAUACUUAUGCAGCGCGGUCGAUCACUACGCUAGUACUUACGGAGAUAGAGGCUGGGGAUGUGGGUAUAGGAACAUGCAAAUGGUGCUAUCAUCCCUGAUGCGUCACCCGCCAUACUCUUCACUCCUGAGUUGUACUCUAGAGCGAACCAGCGAGUGCGAGUGUGUGCCGUCUAUACCGCGCCUGCAGCUGCUGGUGGAGAGAGCCUGGCAGCUGGGCUUCGAUACACAGGGUUCAGAGCAGCUGGGCUCCAAACUAUACAACACUCGGAAGUGGAUAGGCGCCUGUGAAGUAGUCACUGUGCUCUCAUCGCUCAGGAUAAGAUGUCAGCUGAUAGACUUCCACAAGCCGACAGCGGCGGACGGCAGCCACCCCGCGCUGUUCGACUGGGUGCUGCGCUACUUCCAGGAGGAACCCUCGGCCUUCAAGGCGCCUCUGUACCUGCAGCACCAGGGUCACUCGCGCACUAUAAUCGGCUACGAGAAGCACAAGGACGGCAAGGCCACGCUGCUCGUGCUCGACCCCUCGCACUCGCCUGCGCAGGUACGUCAGGUGGUAUGUGGCAGCUCAGCGUCGUGUGCGGCGGCGCUGCGCCUGCUGCGGCGCGGAGCCCCCGCCCUCCGGGCCAAGCAGUACCAGCUGCUGUGCGUCAGCGGCGUCAUCAGCGACACGCAAGAGUAUGAGGCCAGCAAAGUGCUUCAGUCAGUUCGGAUCCCAUAAGAAAGGUGAGCGGGGUGCCACCCCACUCAAAAUUACUCAACUCUACUAUAUUUUCACUCAACCGCUCAACAGGUAAAUCUAUGACGCUCAACUUUCAGUUUUGCCUUAAUUUUCAAUAAUUCCAAAUUUUUUUGUGAAGAAGUAACAUUAAUAUAUGCGUAAGAACGAUUCUGGUAAAAUGUGAAAUUAAUAUUUCGAAAAAAAAUUGUUUGGUAUUGUUUUUUAAUUUCUUGUAAUAAUUAUACCUAAUCUCUGUAAGAUUCACAUCUGAUCUUAUGACUAAUUAAAAAUUGUUAAAAGUCGUACUUUAAAAUUGUAACACAAACAUUUUUCUCCUCCAUAUCAAGGAUUGUUUUGUCAAUUAUUAAUUUAUAAUUUUACUAUUGAUAAAGCUUCCUACUGCGUCAAUAAAACGAAAGAUCCGUUAAAAAUUGAUAUACCACAAAUUUCAAACAUGACAUAACUUAAAGUUCGGACCUAAAAGCUCUAAAAACUUCAAUAUUUUUAAAUAAUUAUUGAUUAAUAAUAAUUUUUAAUAUGAGUAUCUGUAAAACCUAUUGUUGAGGUUUUAUUUCCACCGAAUAGUUUAGUAUAUAUUUUUUAAGUAUUUUUCUUUAGGAACUAUCUUUUCUUAAAGAAUAUACAUCAUGCUUAUAAACACUAAAACAUUAUUUCUAACAAUCGAAAAUUACUCAACUAUAGUCAAAACUACUUAUUAAGCUUAAACGCCAACAACGAUUAUAAUUUUAUCUGUAACCCUACCAUAAAACGGACUUGGCAUAAUAAUAAUAAUUAAAAAACAUUAGAAAGUUACCAUAAAAGGAUAGUUUUAUACCAAAUUAGCCAGUUAUUUCACGAAACAUCUAGUCGUAGUAAGCAGUUAAAUAUUAACUAUAGUUUAUAGUUAAAACCAUAUGCUUUCAAACAUUGCCUUUGAAUAGUUUAAGGCCCGUUUCGAUAUAUUUGGAAAAGAUUGAGCCUAUACAUAUUCAGUAAAAAAAUACAUAAAUAAAAUAAUCCAGAAAUAAAUAUAAACUCUUUUCAAAAAAAUCUUUCUCACAUUGGCUUCACAUACAUAACCUAUAACGAAUAAAUCAAAAUGAAAAAAUGUAUAAAAAACGUCAAUAAGGCUCAAUUUUCCAAUUAAAAAAUCUUACAUAAUAUUAACCAAACUGUCGACUUUACCCGCUCACUUCUCGUCCGUUAAGUUAUAUUGAUUCACUUGAAUUGACCGGGCAAUGUCCACAUGAACCUUACCCCUAUACAGUUGAUAUAAUAAUAGUUAUAAGUACAUAGUCAGUGGCUUGAUAAUCACGAAAAUAUAUUAAUUAUUUGGCACAUCGGAGUUCCUAAAGGGAUUGAGUAGGUACAUGUAUAAAAAUAGAGGGUGACUGGUAAUUAGUGACCGAUAUUUGAACGCAUAAUUACAAACAACUUUCCCAAAGUUACUCCCAAACUUUUCUUAAUUUUUAAAUCUAUGGUUGACUGUCAUUUUUUGGUGACGCGGUAUCUUUUUUUUUUAACAACGUCAAAAAUCAUCAAAUGACUCCUCCCGCUGUGGGUUAGCAACGAUGAGGGAGUGUCAGACUCUUACUGACUAAAAACCGUUGUGUUCCGUCAUAGGCCUUUUAUGUACCAGGGCCGCGGUAUCUCUUUCGAACAACCCGCAGCGUCACGUGGUAUUUAAAUUGUCGAUAUUGAAAGUCAAUAAAACCGAUUAAUAAAUAUCAAAUUAUUUCAAGAAAA